AUGGCCGCGCGUUUUGAGAAUUUCGACGAUAAACGCGAACCGUUUUCGAAUUGGUUUGAACGGUUCAACGCUCAUCUAUCCUCAGCCAACAUCCCAGAGCCGGACAAGGUAAAUUACCUGAUAUCUUGCCUCGGUGCGGAUACGUACGCGAUUUUGAGACGAUUAUCAGUACCGAAAUUGCCAUCGGAACUUACCUUCGACGAGAAUAAGAAAUUACUGGAAAAUCAUUUCAAUCCAAAACCGCUUGUUGUUGUUAGCCGAUUCCAUUUCCGCCGCCGUUUUCAAGGUGAAAAUGAAAAUUUUAGCAGUUAUUUAGCCGCGCUUCGCGAAUUAGCAUCGAACUGUGAAUUUACAACCACAGCAGAAGUAGCUGCCGGCACAGACGAUCGCCUCAACGAAGAGCUUCGAGACCAAAUUGUACAAGGUAUUCGUGAUAAAUCAGUGCAGACUUACUACUUGCAAACGUCGAAUUUAACGCUGCAGAUGGCUAUCGAUAAAGCGAAAGCUGCGGAAAUUUCUAGUCAAGGUUUCUCUAACCCAUCAUCGAGUACCGAAAUUUCAAUUGGUAAAAGUGGCGACCUGGCAACAAAUAAAAUUAAUGAACGAAUCCAGAGGAAAAAUUCUCGAAAUAAUAAACUGCCAAAUCCGCCGAAAAGUACCCCAGUUUCAUCUCAAGGUAAAUCAACCGAAAAAAGUGACAGUGGUAUCGUUGUUUGUUUUCGAUGUGCGGGUAAGAAUCAUCGUGCACCUGAGUGCAAAUUUAAAGAUAGUACGUGUAACAAAUGUAACGAAGUGGGCCAUUUGGCUACGGUUUGUGGUAAAACGCACGACGAAAUUAGAUCGUUCGCGUUAAAUUCUCGAAAGAAACGUUCAUCGAUAAAAUCAAAAUCAUACAACGUUGUGGAUUUUGUCGGUUGUAAUCAAGUGUCGGUUGUGUCGUCUGAUUCGGUAAAUGUUGAGCCGGAAAUUGAUAAUGAAAUACCGCCUGAUAAAGUUUGUGUAAAUUUACCUGUGAAUGACAAAACAGUCAAGUUCGAAGCUGAUACCGGUGCUCCUUUUUCGUUGAUGUCGAUCAACGAAUGUAAACGCCUUGGUUUUGAUAAGAAGUUACGAAAGGCUUCGCGGGUGUUUGCAUCGUAUAAUCAUUCGCAAUUCGAUUUAUUGGGAAUUGUUCCGGUAAAAGUGCGCUUCGGGAAUCGUGAUUAUAGUAAACGUUUACGAGUUGUCGAUGGAAAUUUUGAUACUAUGUUAGGCCGUGAUUGGUUAUAUUCGAUUCCUGGCUUACGUGAGUACGUUCUGUCGAUUACACCUAAUAAUGUGAACGUUAAUCAAGUGUCGAGUUCAGUUAGUUCUGAAAAUUAUCUCGCUCAGGUCGAAAAUUUAGUUAACGAGUUCGCUGAUAUUUUUGUCGAAGAAAUUGGCUCUGUUCCGAAUGUUGAGGUCGAUAUACCUUUGAAACCAGAUUCGAAACCUGUCUUCUGUCAUGCGCGUCCCGUUCCUUACGCUAUUCGUCCUGGAGUUGAAAAAGAAUUAGAUCGAUUGAUUGAUGCAGGUGUUCUGAAACCUGUCGUUUCAUCAGAUUGGGCAACGCCAAUAGUACCUGUACGAAAGGCGAAUGGUUCGUAUCGUAUAACUGGUGACUAUAGUGUAUCAGUGAAUCGUUGCGCUGUACCAGAAAAUUACCCGAUUCCGUACGUCGAUGAUAUUUUGAACGAUUUCACUGGUUGCCGUCUCUUCUCAAAAUUCGAUAUUCGAGAUGCGUUUCUACAUUUACGUACGACGAAAGAAGCUUCAAAAAUUAUUACUUUGAACACGUCAAAAGGAUUACUUGAACCUACUCGAAUGUUUAAUGGUUUGCAAUUGGCUCCAACUCAAUGGCAAAAAUUCAUGGAUGCUAUAGUUCGACUGAUCAAAGGUGCUAACGUGUUUUACGACGAUGUAAAAAUUUCUUCACGGACCAUUGCUGAACAUCUUCAACGUAUCCGCCAAUUUUUCGAGUUGUGCAGACUACAUAAUAUUCGUUUGAACAAAGAGAAAUGCCAGUUCCUUACCGACGAAUUGAAUUAUCUUGGGUACAAGAUCAACGCCGCUGGUAUUCAUAAAACUACAGAAAAAAUCGAUGCAAUCGUGAAAGCUCCAAGGCCAACAAAUCAAACCGAACUGAAGUCGUUUACUGGUAUGGUCGGUUACUACGCUCGAUUUUUUCCAAAAUUGUCCGAAUUAUCUCGUCCUUUCAAUUUAUUAUCGAGAAAAGACGCCAAAUUUGUUUGGAAUUCCGAUUGUGAACGAGCUUUUAACGAAAUUAAAGCAGAAAUUUCAUCUGAUCGUGUUUUAACGCCGUUUAAUCCAGCUAAACAGUUAGUUUUAGCGACUGACGCUUCUCCGUACGCCAUUGGAACUGUCCUGAGCCACAUCGACGAAUUUGGAGAACGUCCUAUUGCGUUUGCUUCGAGAACUUUAACGAAAACCGAAGAACGUUAUUCGCAAAUCGACAAAGAGGCCCUAGGUAUAUAUUGGGGUGUGAAGAAAUUUUUUAAUUACCUCUUCGGUCGUCCUUUCAUCCUGGAAACCGAUUGUAAACCUCUACAGUCAAUUUUCGAUGCUCAUGCUGCCAAACCGUCGUUAAGCGCAACGAGAUUGCUGCAUUAUGCGCUCUUCUUGCAAGAUUUCAAUUAUACGAUUAAAUAUCGACGUUCAGCAGAUCAUGCCAACGCAGACUUUGUUUCUCGUUUUCCAGUUUCGACCACUAACCAAACUGAAGUUGACGUGCCAACGUACAUCUGUCAGUUGCAAAUUGAACACUUACCGGUUUCUGCAGCUGAAAUUGCAACGCACACUCAGAAAGAUGAUUCGUUAGUGAUAUUGUACAAGAAACUGCGCGGCGAUGUUCCGGCCAAACCUACUGAACUACGUGAAUUUUCUCUCCACGAAGGCUGUAUUUUUCGAGGGGAAAGGGUUUAUAUUCCGAGUACCUUACGUCAGCGAAUUCUACGUGAAUUACACCAAGGUCAUUUGGGUAUCGAGAAGACGAAGGCCUUGGCACGAAGUUUCGUUUACUGGCCCGGUUUGGAUAAAGAGAUCGCAUCGUUAGUUGCUGAUUGUGCCAGGUGUAAGGAAUUUGCAAAAUUACCUGCCAAAGUGCCGACUCAUCCUUGGGAACAGCCCAGUGGACCUUGGAGACGAAUUCAUGUCGAUAUCGGUCAGUUGAAAAACGAUUAUUUCCUGAUCAUUGUCGAUGCCUACUCCAAAUGGAUAGAGGUCUACGUUCUUCGAAAUACCGACUCCGACAUAAUUAUCAAAUGUUUUGGUGAUUGUUUUGCUCGAUUUGGAGUUCCCGAAGUCCUUGUUUCUGAUAACGGUCCGCAAUUUGUUUCGGCGGAUACCGAAUUAUACCUUAAAACGAAUGGCAUCCUUCAUCUUACAUCGCCUGCGUAUUUUCCUGCCAGCAACGGUCUUGCAGAACGUGCAGUGCAAACGGUAAAGAAAGGAUUGCACAGUGAAACGAAUGGUUCAAUUGUUCAACGUUUAAAUCGUUUCCUUCAAGCAUAUCGCCGAGCUCCUCAUUCUACGACUGGUGUAUCGCCUGCGGAAUUAUUCUUUGGACGAAAAUUACGUACUCCGCUCAGUUUGGUUGUUCCUACUCCCAAACAGAAAUUUAUCAAGGCUGACAUCAAGCGUUCGUUAUCGGUUGGCCAAGCUGUACGUUUUCGUUUGUACCAAAGGCUUGAACGUUGGAGCAGUGGCAAAAUUUCGAAAUGCUUAGGUAAUGUGGUGUACGAGAUUACCGAUUCGAAUGGCGUAAUUCAUAAACGCCAUAUUAAUCAGAUCUUGGUAGAAACGCCAACUGUCAUCGACGCGCCGCUGUCAUUGUCUGAAAAUGUACCGACAAUAACUUCUCAAGAACCUAAGACUGUGGUGCCGUCAACAUCAUCAUCCAAUGGGCCUGACGCAGAGCCGAAUUCGAAUUCAUCUCCGGUAACCCCGAAGCCUCAACGACCCCAACGGCAGCGUCGACCACCGCAUCGCUACUCUCCUUAG